UAACUUGAAAAAAAAAUGCAAAAAUUUUCUUAAUACGUAAAACAUUAGAAAAUGGAAAGUCGCCGUAGAGGUCCGUAUGGGAGAUUAUAUAUUGAACAGGAAAGUGGCCUACAAAUAUCAGACUAUGACGAAAUUUUAUGUGAUGAUAGUUGUGAUGUUUUACAAUACAACGAGUUUGAACGGUUGCAUAGUAAAAAAGCAAAAACAGACGGCGAAGGAUCGUCUGCAAUAACCAGUAGUGUUGUCUACGACAGAUCACCUGCAAUUCUUAUCGGCGGUGUUGAGCAUUUCGAAGAAUAUGUACAAGUCAAAGACAAUGAAAUUUCCAUAAAUGAAGAAGAAGCAGAAAGUGAAUGUAAUGAGAAUGAAAGUAGCUCAACACAGCAAGACAGAAUAGAAACUCCUGCUAUUUUGGAGCCAUCUGAAGCAGAAUCAGACCAAAUUGAAAGUUUACCAGUUGGUGAAGAUGACACAUUUGACUUAUUUGAGUAUGAUUCUGAUGUUGAUCUACAGAACCAGGACACAGAUGAAAUUUUGGACACACAUGAUCCUGAUUCUGAGCCAUUAUAUCCUGGAUCAUCAGUGACAUUGGGUGCAUUAAUGUUGUUAUUGGCCUUGUUUGUUACAAAGCAUAAUAUUGUUGGAGAUGGGAUACAGCAGUUGUUAAAUAUCCUUUCAAUAGCACUGCCGAAUGAACACACACUUUGCAGUAAUUUACAUGAAUUCAAAGCAUAUUUUAAAAACUUAAAAAAUCCUAUCGUGAAACAUUUUUAGCUCGACUUUUUUUAUUUGAAAAAAAAAUAGAGGUAUUGUUAUAGUCAGGUCGGCGUUCCCUUUGCUGUUGCCAUUGCCGUCCGCAAACUUGUACCUGGAUCAAAACUUUUUUAUUUCUUGGUGUAUUGUCUUCAUACUUGGCCACAACAACCCUUGGGACAAGACCUUUCAGUAGACCACACUAACCUUGACCUUCAUCCAUAAAUGACCUUGACCUUCAAGGUUAAAAGUCCAAUUUUUGCUUGUUCAUGCUGUUAUUGGCUGUAACUUUGUUAUUUUUGAAUGGAUUGUCUUCAAACUUGAACAUAAUAAUCUUCAAGGAUAUCCCUUAAAAAUAACCAGUCAGACCUUGACCUUCACUCAUAAAUGACUUUGACUUUGAAGGUCAAAUUAUUGAAAUUUUCAUUUUUUUGGCUAUUAUUGGCUGUAACUUUGUUAUUUUUGAAUGGAUUGUCUUUAAACUUGAACAUAAUAAUCUUCAAAGAUAACUGUUAAAAAUAUACCGAAAGACCUUGACCUUCAUUCAUUAAUGACAUUGUCUUUGAAGGUCAAAUUAUUGAAAUUUUCAUUGUUUUGGCAGUAACUGACUGUAACUUUGCUAUUAUUGAAGGUGUCGUAUGAGAUUUGCAAGUACCAUGAGAUAUGCAAGUUCCGUUUCCGGUUUCAAAAUGACUUGCCGAUUUCAUGUUGGGGUUCAUGAGACUCGCAAGUCAUGAGAACUGCAAGUUUACUGUUAAUGAUAAAAUUGCAGACUUAAAAUUAUCAAUUAAUAACACAGAUCAGUAUAUGAUGUUAAGAGCUACUUCUGUGAUAACAUAAUUUUAUCAUAUUUGAUAAUAAAUAAGAAAAAUAGUGGUGGACAGGUGGGUGGGGAUUGAAUAUAGCGAUCAUUAUGAGAAAAUGUAAACAUUAUAAAAUUAUAUUCUUUAAAAGGUUUUGUUUCAUCAUAAGGCUUUGUUUCAUCAUUAAUCAAGAAAGUGCAAUCUGUUAAGGACAUAUAAUAAUAAGUAUCCACUAUCAAAUGGACCGUUGACAAUUUGGACCAUAACAAAUUAUAUUUGUAUGGGUAACAAGGCAAUUCAGUCCCCAGAAACUCCCCCCCCCCCCCCCCUUAAAUUUUUUUUGUAAAGUGAAUAUUUUUAUUAUCGCAAUCAACUGCAGUGCAGCAUCAUUGUCUGACAUAAUUAUCCAGUAUUUAAUACAAAGGUCAUCUAAGGGGUCGAUCAUAGCCUGCCUUGCUCUAUAUAUAAUGUAAUAAAAGGCAAAAAAAACCCCACUUA